AUGUCUAUCCAAAACCCUAAUAAGAAGAUUCGUAGCGAAGGAAAACCGGACCAGCAACAAACUGACGCCGUCGACCGAUUGAGCAGUCUUCCCGACCACGUUCUUCACCACCUCCUCUCCUUCAUAGUCGAAAGCCGAUUCUCCGUCCAAACCUCCGUCCUCUCCAGGAGAUGGAGAUCCCUGUGGAAGCACGUUCCCCGGCUCACCCUCCGCGCCAAUUUCUCCACCCUUGCUUCAACUUUCGCCAGGUAUGUGGACGCACUCUUGUCCGCCCGCCCCGACGGCAGCAACGUCGACGAGAUAAACUACUGCGACUUGGAAUUCUCGGGGAACACGGAGCCGCUCCACAAGGUCAUACAAUUUGCUGCUUCUCGCCGUUGUGGAGAGUUGUUUGUUACUACAGUCACAGAUCUCCAACCCUAUUUCCUUGCCCCCUUGGCUGAUAAUAGCAAUCUCACAACGCUAGAGUUGAGGGCCGCACGUUUGGGGACGGGAUUCGGUGGUUUCAGCUCGCUGAGGGUUUUGCAUUUGGAUGAGGUCAGUCUGCCUUGUAGCAGUGCCGCUGAUCUCGAUCUUUUCGUUGGGUUCCCCAGCUUGGAGAAGUUGGUAGUGGCUAACUGUGUGUUUAGCCGUAAGCCGGAUGAUCCUCCUUGUUGCUUCAAGGUCUCCGGUCCCCGGCUCGCCCAUCUCCUGAUUAGCUUUCUUGUGCUAAGGUUGAAAUAUUUGCCCCAAACCUCAAAUUCCUAA